UUUUACUGUAAAUACCAGUUUUAGAUGUACAUAUAGACAGAUGUAAAUAUCAAAGUUUUAAGCUGUAUGGCCAUUAAGCGCCGGAGAGCCUGGAGUAGUGACACUCAUCUGAUGAGUCAAUUCCAUAACGGGAAGAAGAAGAAGAAGCUUCAUGGGCUCGGUCGGUCAGGCUUUAUCCUUAUAUAUCACACUUAAAACUGUAGACAGACUGCGUAACCUUGUACUAAGAAGAGUGUAUUUUCGUCGUUCUCUCCUAGCAUAAACAUUGUUUUGAAACGUCUAAAUCUUUACGAGACAUCAGUCAAUCGCAUCCCAGGACACGGACGAUAGGUGAGGUCAGGCCAUCAUGUCACGAGACUUUGUAGGGUUCUUGCGAGGGGUGGAGAAAAUUGGUCAGGCAAUGUCAGCUACCCAGCGGUCAAAGUGGCAGCACGUGUGGCACAACUCCUCUGUCAAGUUUGCGGCUGGUCAAGUGGUCAGUAAAGUAGAGGACCAAGUCAGUGGAGCCAUCACAAGGCCAGAUGAGUUCCAGAAUUCAGUGCAGGACAAAAUGGGACUUAUGGCGAGCCAGUUGUCCAUUUUGGUGAAGACAGUCAGAAGCCAGAGCCAGAUCCCAAGGUCAGAACAACCGUAUCCUUUUGAAUUAGAUCCUGAGGUUCCACCUGAAAAUGUAGAGACUACUGGAGUUGAGGAGGCUACAGUGUCCCAGCUGGAGGAAGAGAUGGCUAGCCUGGGUAUGAAACUUGGAGACACCACUGUAAAUGUCCAAUCUGCUGCCACAGAAACAGUCGAUCCAUCGUCCAGUACAGUUCACAAAAUUCUUGAAGAUACUGUUGACACAACAUCUCGUCCAGUUCACAAAAUUGUAGAAGAUAUCAUUGCUUCAAAAACAGAUAAAAAUUCCAUUGUAGACUCAAAAAUAGAAAAUAUGACCAGUAAUUCUUCAGCUGACUUUGAGACAACUUCAACUGAACAAGUUGUUUCUCCACCCCCCACAGAGUCUGUAGUUACCAAGACCAUCCCUGUACAGAAAACCUCUCAAACAGCUGCUCCACGAAAACCCAUCGUAAAGGCACCAGAACAAAAGCUGCGAUCCUCGGCCAGGGAGAGGAAAGUACCAGCUAACAUGGUCAGCAGAUUGUCUAGCUAUGGAGGACUGGCAGUGGGAUUGUUGGCUGGAACCAUAGGAGAAGUGAGCAAGAGAAAGCUCGGUCUGUCUAAACCAGCAGGUUCCCUCAGUACUGCUAGUAUCUUUAUAAAUGAGGCCAAUGCUGAGAGGGUAGUGAAUACACUGUGUCGGGCGAGGGGUGCCGCUCUAAAACUCGGACAGAUGAUCAGUGUCCAAGAUACAGCGGUAGUUCCCCCUGAGAUACAGAAGAUAUUUGACAGAGUCAGACAAGGGGCAGACAUUAUGCCCACAUCACAGAUGUUGAAAACAGUUACAAAGAAUUUGAGCCCAGGCUGGCAAGAUUUAGUGGACCUGGAAGAGAAGCCAUUUGCAUCUGCAUCCAUUGGCCAGGUCCACCGUGGGGUGAUGAAAGAUGGCAGGAAGGUGGCCAUGAAAGUUCAGGUAGCUAUAGGAGUCAAAAGUUCAGGUAUAUAGGGGUCACAAUUUCAG